AUGGCCGGCUGGGGCGCACGAAACAAAAGCAGCUUCGAGGACGAGCAACAGAAUCGGAAAGCAGAAGCUGCGCGCACGGCGAGGCAGCGCACAUUGGCUCAGCAGCGCAUUUCGGCACAGAGGAUGUUCGAUGCAGGUGGGAGAGAGAGGAGAGGUAAGGCUGCGAGGAGGCCAAAUCCAGAGGUUGGGGCUGGGCCAACGGACAACUGCCAGGUGCCUUAUCACCCAGAAGCUCGUCUUAUCCACAAGGUACAUCCGGGGGACAGACCGGCAGGUACCUGGAAUGACGCGGACCAACGACCAUCAACGCCUCUGCGCCGACCUGUUUACUUGGGGAACCUGGAUGGCCAGGUACCGAGCAAGGACGGCUUAUCAAGCAUCCAGCCUGGCUUCCCAGGCAUCCCAGAGGAGUGGGGCUUAAAGAUGCAAUGUAGAUGUCAAUUGGAUUACAGUAAAUGA